GUGGCCGGCGGGCGGCGGCGCACGAGUCACCUAGAUGUCCCGCCUAUUGUCCACGCCGCGUCCACCGCUGGGUGAGCCGUCAUUACCUCACACUUUCAAUACUGGGUUACGAGAAUUUUACUUCAAGGUCCUCGUUUAGGAGCAAAUAGAGGAGGUAUAAAUGGAAAGACGAGCAACAAUAGCUCACAGUUGGAGUUCAACAACUCGAUCGAAAAUGUAUGCGUACAUCUGUUUUGUAAUGUGCUUCUUCGUCGGUAGCAGCAUAGCCGACUACCCGCAAAGAGAAGCGUCCUACUACUCUGCCCCAAACAACCCAUAUUCAGUGGGGGUCAACCAUAACUCAAUUCAGGAACCAUCUCAGCGACUUUUCUGGGGAAAUACAGGCAGCAAUCAAGUCGGAGGAACUGGACUAUGGGCUACAUUGACUAACAAGUUCCCGUUCCUGGGAAAUAUGUUCGGGCGUAUGGAACUGCCUGCACAGUACGGUGUGCCCAGUCAGUACGACGUGUCUCAACAGUACGGAGUUCCAUCCAGGUUCCAGCCUCAAUACUACUCUGGCCAGCAGCAGUUCUAUCAGCAAGUACCUCAACAGUUCCCGCAACAAUUCCAUCAGCAAUUCCCUCAACAGUUUCCUCAGCAAAUCGGACAGCGAUUCGUGCCAUCAGCUCGCGACGUAGGAAUAACUGACGAUGCAGUGAUAGUGACACCUCCGUUUGUGCCACCAGUGCAGCCCCCGCAGUUCCCAGCGCCAGCUCCUGCACCAGCGCCAGCACCUGUGCCAGUGCCUGCACCCCAGCCCUCACCGGACCAGGGGUACACGUAUGACAGGCCCCAGUACAGGUUGGAACUGCCCCACAAAUAAACCGAUGCACUUUACUAACUGACUGACCGUAGACGCUAAGUAAAUUUAGUCAUUGCACUUUUUUGUUUAAUUUACUGUCUGUGUUUUCUUUCGGUAAAUAUUUCAUAUUUGCCCAUGUGUGAAGAACAACGUGUACUUGCCAAAUAUUUUAAUUAUAAGUGCGACGCCUUGUCAGCUGCUUAAGUAAGAUCUUCAAACAAAACUUGGUUAAAGAUCAUUAAACUCGGUCCAGUUCAGUUUUACGGGUCAAAUCUAACAACUACGU